GUCUCGGCAGCAGCUAGCUUUUAGCCUGUUAGCUUGUUAGCCUUUUAGCAGGUUAGCUUGUUAGCCGGUUAGCUUGUUAGCAGGUUAGCAGGGACUCAGGUGAGAUGCCGCGUGUCGCAGGUGAGGAGGAGCUGAUCAGUCUGAAGGAGUGUCAGUACAGUUAUCCAAUAGAAACUCAGUCUGAUCUUCAGAGAGUUCGUUCACAUUUCUCUGACCUUCGUCUCUACGUCGACUUUUACUGUUUUCCAAACAAAGAGAAGAAGAAGCUGCUCUACCUGGCUGGAACCAUACCUGUUCAAUAUGAAGGAGGCCAGUAUAAUAUCCCAGUGUGCAUCUGGCUCCAUGAGACCCAUCCGGCGUCGCGGCCUCGCUGUUACGUCUGUCCGUCCGUCUCCAUGGUGAUCAACACUUCCUGUCCCUGCGUGGACGCCACAGGCAACGUCCGUCUGCACACGCUCAGUAACUGGACACAUGGUUUGUCCAAUCUGACGCUACUGGUGUCUGAGAUGAGGCGGGCCUUCCAGAAGGACACGCCCCUUUAUGCCAGGUCACUGGGUCAAGCUCCGCCCCCUGCAACCAGCAGCCUGCAGUAUCCCAUCACCUCCUCAUCCAUCACCUCCUCCUCCAUCACCUCCUCCUCCUCCAUCACCUCCUCAUCCAUCACCUCCUCCUCCAUCACCUCCUCCUCCUCCAUCACCUCCUCCUCCAUCACCUCCUCCAUCAUCUCCUCCUCCUCCAUCUCCUCCUCCUCCAUCACCUCCUCCUCCAUCACCUCUUCCUCUCCACAGAGCCGACAUGGUGCUCACCUGUGUGGACUCAAAGUGAUUGGACGAAGCCCCUCCCCCUCUGUUCCAGUCAGCCAAUGGGAGCUGAGCAGGGAGGUGCGGGUGAGGAGGUCAUACACAGAGGAGCUGCUGGGGAUCGAUUUCAGUGCUCCUCCCUCCUCCUCCUCCUCCAAUCACAACCCUUUCCUGAGCUCCGCCUCCUCCGGUGUCCCUGCAGACCCUCUCAGCAGGAUGAUGGGGAGUCUGAGUCUGGAUCCUGAGUCCAGCAGGGACCGUUGGAGUUCUGGUUCUGGACCUGGAGUGGACCGGGUCCAGGUGAGGAGGAGCGUAGGAUCGGACCUCGCCCCCCCCCAGGCGCUGGCUCGGCUGCCCCCUGACCGGGCGGCCAUCUUCCAGUCUCUGCUGAGCCUGGAGGGGCGGAGCUUCAGCCCUGAUGACAUCAUGGAGGCGGUCCAGCUCAGCACAGACCUCCCAUCGGCCCUCCGGUUCCUGACUCACUGCUGCCCCCUCUGCCAGGACCAGGUGUCCUUCAGUAAGAUCAUCACCAUGACUCACUGCUCCUGCUUCCUGUGUCAGACCUGCUUCAAGACGUUUUUCUCGACGGCCAUUAAAGAAAAGAGCGUCGAUCAGCUGGUCUGUCCUCAGUGCGGCCGGCCGGAGGUCAGAGGUCACGGAGGGAUGGAGGAGUCCAUGGAGUACUUUAACCUGCUGGACACACAGAUCCGGCACUUUCUGCCGCCGCAGAUCCACGAACUGUUCCAGAGGAAGCUCAGAGACCGGGCCCUGCAGGACAUGCAGAACUUCUGCUGGUGUGCUCACUGUUCCUUCGGGAUGCUGCAUGAAGCGGACCGACUGAGGAUGGACUGUCCCAGCUGUAAGAAGAGUACCUGCUCUCAGUGCAGAUCACCUUGGUCCCCUCAGCAUCAGGGACUCUCCUGUCAACAGUUCCGAGCCUGGCAGCAGCAGAACCAGCCGGACCAGCACAGCACUCUGCUCCACCACAACAGCAUCGAGUGUCCACACUGCCAGAGUAUCUUCAGCCUGUCUAGAGGAGGCUGUCUUCACUUCACCUGCAGUCAGUGUCGGCAUCAGUUCUGUGGAGGCUGCAGCCAACCGUUCAGCCCCGGCUCUGUGUGCAGGUUCUCUGCUGACUGUGGUUCUAAAGGUCUGCACGCUCACCACCCCAGAGACUGUCUGUACCACCUGAGGGACUGGAGCGUCCCCCGCCUGCAGCUGCUGCUACAGUACUACAGAGUGUCUCCUUCCUGGUUGGAACCAGCUGGUUGCGGGUCACCUGACGCCGGUCCCACAGGUCUUUGUUCGGUGGAGCUGAGAGACGACGGCCGAGAGGAACCCUGCGGACUGCCGGCUACCCCCGAGUCCCGAGGAUACUGCCAGAUGCACUAUAAGGAGCGUUUGGUGGAGCUGGUGAACCGUUGCCGUGCCGACCCAGCGGUCCUUUUCAGCCCGGGGGAAAUGGUGGCAGAACUGCAGCGAUGGCUCGUUGCCGUGCCGACCAGGAAACCCGAGGAGCCGGAGCCGCUGUACGCACACCGCCUCCGCAUGACGCUGACCAAUAGCGUUCCUCUUCGGAAGCAGCGACGCUCUCCGCUCAAACUGCACGAUGACCUUUGCCCUCUGACCUCUGCUGUGGCUGCUGGAGCUCCGCCCCCUCACCUGCUGCUCAGUGACUCCCCCCCCUAACACACUGGCCAAUCAGGAGGCAGAACUCUCCGUCACCGUAGCAACCAACAAGAGACUUCCUCCUGCGGUGACAUCAUGCACGGAUAAAGACCAAUCACCUCACCUGUUUUAAUCAUGGUGACAUCAUCCUGCAGGUGGCUUCUGAUUGGUUGUUUGGUUCAGCUAGAAAGACUUUAACGUUUUGUUCUGUUAGUCUGAGCUAACAGUGCUAACUGUUAGCACUGCUAGCACUGCUAGCACUGUUAGCACUGCUAGCACUGUUAGCACUGCUAGCGCCUAUUAGCACUGCUAGCACCUGUUAGCACUGUUAGCUUGCUUUUAUUUAUUUGUGUAACUGUUUAACAAUAUAUUAAUACAUCUCUGCUUCCUGUUUCCAUGAC